GUUCGCUUUAGGGUUUUCCUGCCUGCAGGAUAAGAGGGCCGAUUGCCAUCCACACAAAAGCAUUCGAUCAUUCAGUCUCCAAACGCUGCAUUUAGAUUCAUCUCUCAGUUCAAGUGUUCAGGUGAGAUGGAGAUGAGGAUGAGAACCCUAAUUUCAGAAGAGACUACUGUCACACCACCAACAUUUUGGCACAUGUUUUUCGCAAUAUGAGGAGCUUAGAAGCCCUCUAAGCCAACCCUUUUCAAGCCUCACGAGAUUAGAUAGGGAACAAGCAACACAGAACACAAGAGUACAAGGAAAAACCCCCAACUUAUAUUCUCUCUCACUAGUAAGUACGGGAAAACGGUCUAAGCCCUUUGAACAAGAUUUACAGAGUAAUGGGUGGAAUGACAUUGUGCCAACGAUUCCUCUUCUGUACUUCACCAUUUUCACACCAACGUUUGCAGGUUGUUGCAAAUCCUACUCUAAUUUCCUGGAAUUACCCUUGUAAAUUCCAAAAGUUCACUAAUCAGCCACUCUUGUGUAAGAGGUCUCACACUGCAAUCUCAUCAUCUUCAUCCAUGGAAUCCCCACCUGAAGGCUAUAGAAGAAAUGUUGGUGUUUGUCUAAUCAAUCCUUCUAAGAAGAUAUUUGCUGCUUCAAGGCUUGAUAUACCUGAUGCAUGGCAAAUGCCGCAGGGUGGUAUUGAUGAGGGUGAAGAUCCGAGAAAUGCUGCCAUGAGGGAAUUAAAGGAAGAGACAGGAGUUGCUUCAGCAGAGGUUCUUGCAGAGGUACCCUACUGGGUGACAUAUGAUUUCCCGCCACAAGUCAGAGAAAGACUUAAAAAUCAAUGGGGAUCAGACUGGAAAGGUCAAGUACAGAAGUGGUUUCUUCUUAAAUUCACUGGAAAGGAAGAGGAAAUCAAUCUCUUGGGUGAUGAGACUGCAAAAGCUGAGUUUGGCGAGUGGUCAUGGAUGUCACCGGAUCAAGUAGUUGAGCUUGCUGUGGAUUUCAAGAAGCCUGUUUACAGAGAAGUUUUGACAGUUUUUGCUCCCCACCUUCAAAAAGAUUCUCCUGAGGAUUGACCGCAGUGCUGUCUGAAAAGACUAAAGCUAAUUGAAUAAAUCAUAGAAAUACAUGGUUACUCGGUUUCUUGAGAACUUCAUGGAAUGAUUAAAACAAAUUUGCGGCAGCUGGCCAUUCUUGA